CUCUUUCUCUCUCCGGUUUAUCUCCAUGUCUCUCUCCCUCUCUCCAUCCCCAGCAAGGCUCUUCAGUCUACUUUGCGCAUGUACAGACAGCCAAAUAGAGCAUUGCAUCGACUCCAAGAUGGCGAAAACACGUCUGGCCUGGCUCUUGACUCUCCUCUCAACUCAGUGCUACCUGAGCGUGUUGGCAGUCGUGCUGAAGACAAAUAAUGCCUCACCGUGGACAAAAGAGUUUGACAAAGUUGAGCUAUCAUGUGAGAUUGAGUCCAUUUCCACAAUCAAUCCCAGAAUUGAAUGGAAGAAGAUAACAAGCGGGGGGCCAAGCUAUGUCUACUUUGACAAGAAGAUCUCAGGUGGCCUUGAGAACAGAGCAGUGAUCAGAGAACCUGCCACGUUACUGAUAACCAACGCCACGAGAUCAGACACAGCCAAGUAUCGAUGUGAGGUCACUGCUGCAGACGACCACAAGUCCUUUGAUGAGAUUGUGAUUGACCUGGUUGUAAGAGUGAAGCCAGUUGUGCCAAAGUGCAGCGUCCCGAAAUCGGUGCCUUUCGGGAAGUCGGCUGAGCUGAGCUGUGUGGAGGAGGAGGGCUUCCCCAAGUCUCAGUACCAGUGGUUCAAGAACAUGGAGGAGAUCCCCGAUGACCCAAAGACCAGUGUCAAGUUCUUCAACUCCUCAUACACGCUCAGUACAGAAACAGGAACUCUGAAGUUCAUUUCAGUCAGGAAAGAAGACGCAGGCGAGUACUAUUGUCGAGCGAAGAAUGAUGCAGGGCAAGCUCAGUGUGCACCCCAGAAGAUGGAAGUGUAUGAUAUUGACAUUGUGGGGAUCAUCCUGGGAGUGCUGGUGGUGGUCGUUGUGCUCUUAUGUAUAACGGUGGGCAUCUGCUGUGCUUACAAACAAGGCUACUUCUCCAGCCAAAAGCAGACGGGGAACAAUUACAAAGUCCCAGCUAAAGGAGAUGGAGUGGACUAUGUCAGGACGGAGGAUGAGGGGGAUUUCCGACACAAGUCAUCGUUUGUGAUCUGAGAAAGACGACGGGGGCUGUUGUGCUGAGUGAAAGCUGUGACACACGGGUCUGCCCUCCACACUGUCCGACCACGGAGCUGCCGCAGUUCGUGCACCGAGCUCUCAGCCUGCCUGAAAUCCAAUUACACAAGCUUGCCAAAUGUGGUGGGAUUUCUUAUGACAAUAAUGUGUAAAAAAAUAAUAGUAUGUGCAUAGGGACUGAGAUUCAUUUAACUUUAUUAUCUUCAACUGAGUUCUUUUGCUAAAUUCUGGCGUUCUUCAGUUACAGUGAUUGCAUGGUUUUAAACACUAAAGCAGGCGGCGAGCAGGAAUCAUGUGUUUGUUGUGUCCAGUAGAACAGUCAGUCUAUCAUGACAGCUCUGUCUACUGGCAGCAUUCAGUUUCAAACCUUUUGUCAUUUCUAUAACAUUUCUUUUCUACUGUUAAAAUUUGUCAGACUAUUUUUGAUGGAAUAUAUUUUAAAAUGCCUAUAUAUAAAGGUUUACUUUUUUAAGUAUUUGUAAAUGACUAACAUGUUUUUUUUUUUUGUUUUGGGGGGGGGGGGGGUUAAAAGAAAUGAUGUAACACAAACCCCUUUGCAUAAAGUUGUAAGCAUUUACACCUUUGCAGAUGAAAGAAACAAAUGAAAAUUGGCUCGUAGUAGCAUAUCGGCGGUCUUACAUAUUGAAUUUGUCAGCUGGGAUUGUCCAGUUUGUGUCAUGACAGAUUUCCAUGUUGAUGUUUGUAGAUAGUCUUAGUAAGAUGCUUUGAAGAGUGCCAGUCAAAUGCUGUGAAACACUGUACACGAUCAGUGCUGCGUUUUCUUGAUUUUAAGUGUCCUUCUCUGCUUGCUGUUAAUCUUGUAUAUAUUGAAGUUGCUGUCGAGUUUAGCUGUCAUACAUAUGUAGAUUACUUCACUAUAUUAAUCAUAAUUAUAUUAAUACAGGGUUUGUAUGUUAACCUUCCAGACCCCAAAGGAAGAUAGACAAGAAUGAUUGUGGACUGUUGACAAAGUAAAUGGUACUUAAAAUAGUUUCUGCUGAUAAGCAAGACAAAGCUGUUAGCGGGUUAUUUAAACUACUAAAUCUUCAGCUGGUACUGAAAGUCCCAACAACAUGAGGUAGAGCACAUGCUGGAACAGCGUUUUUUACAGAGUUAACUUGUACACAUGGCACAGCUGCUUUGUGUUUCAGCUGUGUGACUCAGCCACCGGAGCCAGUGGCUUACUCACAACUGUGUGUUUGAUUUCACCAGAUGUGCAACAGCACAUUUUAGAAGAGUCCCAGGAGCAACUCUGCGCUUAUCAGUCACUCAGCAUAGUGAUUUAGUAUUCAGAAUAAAAGACCCUGUUCAGGCUCAAAGCUCUGCGUCUCAGACCUUUCAGCAAGAUUUGAAGCCGGGUGGAGAACAGAGCGAAACACGUGACACGACGACAGACCUGCAUCUGGUUUAUUCCUGGGUUUAGCGACUGGAUGUUUUAAUUGGAGAGAGAAAAAAUCUUUCAGGUGAAGCUUUUUGUGUUUUCUGAGCAAAGCUGAAGGUGAGCAGAACUGAGCUGACAGCAGUGUUACAGUGAGAUUCGGCUGUCGGGGGUCUGGAGGGUUAACGCUUGUACUAAUUGUAAAUAGCUAUUUGGCGUUUUUUGUUUGUUUGUUUUUUCUCUUUCGCAAGAUCAUGUAAAGUGAAAAAAUGUUUUCAAAACUCCAGUUUGAGGCGAUAUGAAACUCUUUCCAUUUGUAGGACUGAAAGAAGGGUAACAUUUUAUCAGAUCAUUCAGAACACGUGAGCAAGAGCUUCUUGAGGCAGUUUUUUAAAAGCAUUGAGAACAAACAGUUCUCUCCCUCAGUGUUCGCUCUCUAACCAGACUUUUAAAGGCAGCUGAUGUCAGUUAGUAUUCGUGUAACCUUCAUGCAGAUAAGAAGAAUCUCUUGUUCAGCUGUGCUCGAGGUUUUCAACAGAGGAAAUGCGGUCAAAUGUUAACCAAUUAUCAGUCGUGGUAGAGACGAUCUGCCGGUCAUUUGCACAUCAACACUAAAUCUAACAUGUUCCACUGUGGAAGUGUACAAUUAGCCCAAAUAAGGUCACAAAUGAGUCCUGCUGCAGUUGCACAGUGUGGUGAGAAUCAGACAUUUCACCUCGUCAUUUGUGCAUAGUUCAUUCCUCUUGAGUGCCUUCAGGCUUCACACUAGUGCGGUUUCUCGUGCACGGUCCCACCUCUAUCUUCUGCCAUGCAGUCACGGGCUUCGUGUUUUUCCUUUUCUUUAACCACAAGCGCGGCGUUUGAGAGGAAUGAUGACACCAAAAGUCUCCACUCCCCUUCUUUACAUAUCUGCAAAUUUGUAAAUAGCUUUUUACAUAGAUUGGAGCUGUAGACGCGUUGAAGUGAAAAAUAAUAGUGCCUCUAUAUUGUGGGGAUUAUUUUUAGUAAAGACAUAUAGCACUAUUAGAAAAAAACAAAAGAUUGAAACCCACAGCAGAGCGGUUUCUGUGAGCUCUGGUUUAUAAUGUCUUUAUCCAGGUUUUCUAACACUGAUUGGUAUUUCAAAAUAAAAUCCCUAAACAAAAUUUGAAAGACCAAUUUAGUCAGUACUGACUUUUUUCUUUUUAUUUUGUGUAUGUUAUUUAUUCUUCUCUGUGCUGGCGGGGAAAUGUUUCAGGUCUUCACAACACUGUUUAAACCAGGGGUGUCAUACUCAGGGUCAUAAGACCGGCCCGCUGGACUUCUUUCACACAUUUCGGACUUUUAAAUGUAUUUUCAUAAAUUUUGCAGCUUGUCCUAGCGAUGAGGACGUCUCCCACAGUCUUUCAUACUACAUCAAAGUAAUAGAUAAAUAAUGAAAUGAUAGAAAAGUUACUUCUUUUUUCCACUAUCUAAAGUACAAAAGCCUGUAUCCACAGUAAAAUAAGUAAAACUGGACAUUUUUUGUGAAUUAACAAAAACUUGCUCUGCUCCAGGACAGUCUGGACUAUGAGCGACCAGAACUUUUUCUGUCAUUUUACACAUUUGCUUUUUUACAAUUUAAGCCCAAAGAGUCAUGCUGGCAUGUGUUUUUUAUUAUACAGCAGAGCAGCAUUUCUUUAUCGUGUAGUAAAACAGACGUGCUGGUGAAAUUGCACUUGUUUUUCGUAUACUGAGAUAUUGCAGGGAUUAAAUGUGCAGCUACACUUAUUUACAUUUACAGAAAGGGAAUUUUUACUGGUCUGGCCCACUUAAGAGCAAAGUGUGACCCCUGAUGUAAAAUGAGUCCGACAUCCCGGGUUUAAACAUUUACCCUAUACAAAAACGAGGCGACACAGUUGGUGUCAGGAAACACCAACCUUGUGUAGCGUUAAGAACGGCACCAAUCUACAAGAAAGGAAGAUGAAAUUAAGAGCUGACCCAUUCAAUGAUAAAGGAGCUGGGACUCUGCAAGAUGUAAGUGAAGUUUAUAAUCCAGAGUUCAUGGACAGUUAAGCUCACAAACAGCAAGGAAGUCUUGUGUCGCAUCUUUACACGGGUCUGCGCUGACCCGACAGGGAGUCCUGAGCAAGUGAGUCUGCAGGAUGAUGUUUCCAGGCAGUGAUGGUGGAGGUUAUAUUGGCAGGUUUACUCUGUGCUGUCUUUCAGUUUAAGGAUGGCUGCAUUCCAGUGAUCCAGCUCUGCUGGAAGACUGGUCUAUAGCAUACCUGAUCCUCUGAUCCAAACGUACACACAGCAGAAUGUCUUUUUGGGGCCUGCUUGGGUUAUUUUUUGUUCAUUUUAGAACCACUCUAUUUGUGAUUAAUAAAACUCACUUCUAAUAUCA